AUGGGGACACUAAGAGGAGGGUUCCCAUUGAUGAUCCAACAAGUUAAUGCUCUUGUUAGGAAGAACUUAUGGCUAGCAAUGAGGAGCAAGCGCUCCUCAUUGCUACAACUUGUUGCACCAUUCAUCUUCCUUUUUUUCCUUUUCGCCGUCGACAAGGUUAGCCGUUAUUCACCUUUUGAGCCGGAGGUUAGGGACCCAAAGGCGGUGGUCUCGCCGUCUAUUCCGCCGUGUGAAACCAAGUUCCACAUUCGACGGCCGUGUUAUGACUUCGUGUGGAGUGGCGAUUCAAGUGACAAGGCACAACUUAUUGUGUCUCGUAUCAUGGCUAAUAAUCCUGGACGUCCUAUUCCUUCCCACAAGGUUAAAUUACUGUCCUACACUUAUUUUUUUACCGUCUCUUUGUUUUGUUUUUACAAUUUUACAUGCAUGAUGUACGGUAAUGUUUUAUCAUUUAGAACACCGGCUGAUGUUGAUGCCUGGCUUUUUCGCGAUCCCUCACGUUGCCCUGCAGCCCUGCAUUUUGUUGAGAAAAGUGCUAGUGUUAUGGGCUAUGGAAUCCAAACUAAUUAUAAAACUACAGAAAAAAGUGGCAAGAUUGAAACUCCUAUAAUGAAGUUUCAAAUACCACUUCAAAUUGCUGUUGAACGUGAACUCGCUAGAUCAGUUUUGGCAGGUAUCAUUUGCAGUAGUUCUGUAUCAUUGACAAGUGUGACAUUUUAUGAUCUCUGA